UUCUUUGUUAUAACUUUACAAGAACAAGUCGUACGGCUAAAAGGCUUUAGCAGGCUUUAAGCAAAUCUGUUAAGAACUAGAGAACAAUCUUAACUAACAAACUCAUCGAGGUAUUACAUUCCAAAUUUCGACCAUUAUUGGUUUAGUUAUGGACUUAAUACUGCAAUUUUGGGUGGCAAAUCGGGACUCCUGCCAACUUUUGAAUUUUUAUGUGAAAAAUACUGAUUAUUGUUAGCACACUAUCAGGAUUACUUUAUAUAGUGGUAAUCCUAUAAAAGGUUGCAUUUUCAUUCAAAAUUUAAAUUCCAAAUCAUAGCAAUCUUUGAUCAUAGUAGGCUUUGCUUUCAGCUGUCACCUUUGCUAAGCACUUUCAUACUUGGCUUAUAGUCAUUCGCAUUGGGAACUCAACCGAAGCUAGUCGAAUAUUUUUCUGCUCCUGCCGAAUAUUUUCUGAUUUAAAAAAACGUCGCGAAAGUGUGAUCUUCUGCAAAAGUCGUGAAGGUCUACGUGAUUCCAAAAGUCUAUCGAAGGUCUAUUAGAUUCGAAAAGUCGCUUUCAGGCUCUGGACUUAGUAAUUUUCCUGUGGAAAUCAUCUGAAUAAGUCGAUUGAUUUUUGUGCCCUUCUCGAAACGUCAUUAAAAAAAGAAAUCAUGCCCGGAACAAUCUGCAAGGAAGCUAAAAACGCUCGCGACGUGCUUGGAUUGUCCAAAACUUCGAAACAUUCGGGACGUACUGAAGCAGAGAUCAUCGAGGACAAACUAAAGGACAUCAAGUCUCACAAGGAACAAUAUAACGAGAUGCCUGCCAGCCUGGACGAUUAUUUGACUCCAGUGAAUCUGAAAACCAUGAAUAAGAAAUCUAAAUCCAAUGAGGGUAAACCAAAGAUUGGGAACGAUGAUGACAAGCCUUCUACAAGCUCUACUGCUAUUAUUAUAAACUCCAUGGCAAGCUUGAUCGCAAUGGAAACUGAUGGUGCUGAGACACAGCAGGUCCCUGAAGUAUGCAAGAUAGUCCCUGACGAGGAGGCACUUGUCGUGAACGAGGAUACCGUGGACGAGGGACUUGUCUUGAACGAAGAUGCCGUGGCCAUUGAAAUUAAUAAUGCCUCAGGCUUGGUGGCCAAAAAGACCGAAGACUCUUUGUAGGAGAAUUCAGUGGCAAUUGAAAUAAAUGCCUCGGACUUAGUGGCCAAGACAGACUCUUUGGCUAAUCUUCACAUGCCAAAUCUUGAUGACUAAUUCAAGAUUUAUAAAAUAUGUAAAACCUAUUAAUAAACACAUUUUAAAUAAAGAAAUAUAUGUAAUCUAAUUUCUAAUUUCGCAUUUUUAAAAUGGCAACUCUUUAUAGGGUUACAUCUUUUAAAU